AUGGCCUCUAUAAUGAGCAAGUGUUUUGGCUUCUUUAGUAAGAAGGGCGAGUUGCCCUCCGCCUUGUCCACCAGAGCGAGUGACAACAGCGCAGGCACCUGGCGUGAGAGACAGACAAGCGCCAGCUCUCAGCCCGGGUAUCACAUCCGAGACAGAGAGCUGCGAAAUAUCCACAGAGCUGCCAGCGUGGGUGAUGUGGCAGAAGUGGAGAAGAUCCUCCGGUGCCAAAAAAUGAGCUUGAAUAAGAGAGACAAGAGGAAAAGGACCUCACUACAUUUGGCCUGUGCCAGUGGUCAUCAUGAAGUGGUAACUCUCCUAGUAGAGAGCAAAUGCCAUCUUGACCUGUAUGACAGCGAAAACAGGACAGCUCUGAUGAAGGCUGUACAAUGCGAGAAAGAGGAAUGUGUAGAUAUCCUGCUAGAGCAUGGGGCCGAUCCAGACCUUAUGGACUCCCACGGCAACACUGCUCUCCACCAUGCUGUCUGCGGUCAUAGAGUAUCAAUUGCAGCAAAACUACUUUUACAUCAUGCAAAUAUUGAAGCAAGGAACAAGGAGGGGCUCACACCACUUUUUCUUGCUAUAAAAGAAAACAAACAGCCAAUGGUAGAAUUUUUAGUACGGAAAGGAGCGAAUAUACGUGCGUUUGAUAAGAUGAAAAGCAAUUGCCAGCUAAUUUCUAAAUAUACAGAAGAGCAGAGACUUACAGAUUCUUCUCCAAAUAGAAAUCCAGGUAAGAUUUCUGACAGUGAAUUACUCUCGGUGGUUAUGUGUUUUAUACUACCGUCUUGCAUGAUUGGACCAAGAAACCUUAAGAUUGUUAAAAUAGAGGAUACAAGCAAUAUAGGCAUACCAGUAGCCCUGUGGUCUCUUGAGAAGUAUCCGCACUUGAAGCCUACCGUUGAAAUGAAAGUUUCUGUUCCAAAUAAAGCAGUAGGAGAGAAGUAUGUACAAACAUCCAGAUCAGCAGAACUAGACUUUAGAAUGGCAGCAGAGAAAGAGCGAGAAUGGCCUGAUGGAAAUGAAAAUAAGCAGCCACGGGUUGAUGAAGAAAAGGAGAAGCCCAUUAGUAAUGAAAUGGAAAUAUUAGAAAACCUAUAUGAUGGUGCUGCUGCUGAUGAUGACGAUGAUGAUGAUGAUGACGGGUUAAUUCAACAAAGAAAAAAUGGAAGAACUGAUAACCAGCAAUUUCAUACUGAGGAGAAUGAAGAGUACAAUAGGAGCAGUGCUGCCUUGAGUAUGAAUGAAGUAAAGAAAAAUGAAAAUAAAAAAUGGACCUCAAAAGAAUCUGUGAUUGCACCAGUGUUGGAGAAGGCUGAUUCACUAACUGGUGGUGCACAGCAAGUAAAUGGUGACAGCAGGUUAGGUAAAAUAGAUCAGGAUGAAAGAAGGCCUCCAGAGAAAACAUGUAAGGAAAAGAACAAGGUCAAAAACCAAAUCAAUUCUGUGGACGUCCUCGAUGACUUUACUCGUUCAUCUGAAACAGACUCAGGGCUAUGUGAGUUGCCUGACUCUAAUUCCAUGAAGUUGCUUAUUGAACAACUUAAAAAUGAUUGUAAAGAUUCUAUGAGCCUAUUGAAAAUCCAAGAUGCAUUUGUUUCAUAUGAAAGAUUAGUAGAAUAUAAAAAUAAUCACUGUGAACUACUAACAGAAAAAGUUAAAAGAAGUCAAAGUAAGGUUAGUGGACUACAGCAGGAACUAUUAAAAAAAACCGAAAUGAUAUUACAGUUAAAGUGUGAAAUAAUGGAAUGGGAACGAGAAAACUUCCAUUUGAGAUUCACCUUAAAUCAAGAAAAAGAAAAGAGAAAAGAUGCUGACCUGCUGUAUAACAAACAGAGAGAGUGGCUACAAAGAACACGCAGUGAAGACGCUGCAGUGAGACAACAACUCAAAGUGACUCUGAGGACACGAGAUGAGGAACUGAGGGCUCUCAGAGAUAGCUUGAAUCAGCUUGUAGAAGAGAGAAAUGACAUCCAGAGGCAACUUUCUCAAGAACAAAAUGCCAGUAAAAAUAGGAUUCUGACCAGUAACCUGGGCAAACAAAAGGAGAUAGAAAUGGCUCAAAAGAAAAUAAAUUAUGAGUAUUUUCUUUAGUAGUUUUCAAAUGUGCAUGUUCAUAAAAAAGAUCUGUUGCAUAUAAAUCACAUGUUGCAGGAUGAAAAUGCCAAGCUAAGACUGGAAAUAGACACAAUAAAAAAUCAAUACCAGAAGAAGAAGAAGAAAUAUUCCAGGGUCAUUGAAAUUGUAAAAGAAAAGAAUGAUGACCUUCAAAAGAUAAUGAAACAGAACGAGGAAACAUUAAGAAAAAGAAUAUUCCAGUAUACUGGACAGCUUAAUGUUCUGACAGCUGAGAACACAACGCUAAACUCUAAACUGGAGAAUGAAAAGCAAAACAAGGAUAGACUGGAAAAAACAGAAGUUGAAUCAUACCGUUCCAGACCGGCUGCUGCUGUACAAGAUCACGAUCAAAGUCAGACAUCUGAAAAGGACCUAGAACUUGCUUUGCAGAGAGCAAGAGACGAGUGGUUUCAUUUACAGGACAAAAUGAAUUUUGAUUUGUCUAACAUGAAAGAUAACAAUGAGUUUCUUUCUCAACAGUUUUCUAAAGCUGAAAGAAAAUCUAAUAGCCUAGAAGUUAAGCUCCAUCACACAAGAGAUGCUCUCAGAGAGAAGACUUUGGUCUCAAAGUAUGAACAAGGAGACCUAAGCCAACCACAGCGUCAAAGGAAGGAAGCUGAGCACGUGUAUCAAAACGAACAGGGUAAAGUGAAUAAAUGCACUGGAAAGCAGGAAUCGGUAGAGGAGAGCCUAUCUCACCUGCAAAGGCAAAACAUGUUGCUUCGACAGCAACUGGAUGAUGCUGAGAACAAAGCCGACCAUAAAGAAAAGAUAGUAAUUAAUAUCCAAGGCCAGCGUCAAGAUAUUGUAACAAACCUUCAACGUCAUGGUGAAAAAGUUAACCUUAUACCAGAAGAGAGAAACAAGGAGUUAACCAAUGAAUGUCAUCAUUUAAAAGAAAAACGGCAUCAUCAUGAAAGUAAGAAAGCAGAAAGAGAAAUUAUUGUGAGACCAGGUCAGCAAGGACUGGCUGAUACCCGGGAGAAAGAGUCUACGUCAGGGACUUCACGGGAGGCUACAUCAUGGUAUCCCAUGAUUUUAGAAAAGGAGACACAGGAUUUAAAGAGGAGAUUAUGUCAAAGCCACAGCCAGAUUGAUGAUCUUACCGCACAACUGGAAGCUGCAUCUUCAAAAUGUCUACACCUGGAGGCAAAGAAUCGAGUUCUUCAACAAAAAAUGAAAACAGUACAAAAGGAAUGUGAAAAACUAGAGAAGACGAAAAUGCAGUUGGAAGAAGUAGUAGCGAACCUCAAAAGCCAUAUGGAAAGGAACAUGGUAGAACGUGAUCAAGUAGAGCAGUAUACAUGGGAGACUGAAGAAAGAGCAAGACAGGAUGUAGUAAAAAAAUUUAAGGAAGUCCGUCUAUUUUUACAGGAACAAGCAGCAUUUCAAGAAAACUUAACUAAGUCAAGAGAGAAUAUUAAUGCUUCCAUAAUAAGUGAGAUGGAACUCAGAAUUAAAGAACUGGAAUCUGAACUCGUCCAAAUGAAAAAUUCUCCAGAUUAUUCUCAUGAAAUAGAAUUGGAAAAAUAUAAGCAACUCUAUCUAGUAGAAUUAGAAGUCAGAAAAUCACUGUCAGAUCAACUAAGGCAGGCUGACGAUAGGCUGGCAGAGGUCAAUACCCAACUUAUCAGGGAGAAAGAGCGGUACAGAUCUUUAGUCAGCACUCUCACUGUUACUACAAGACCUGUCCUGGAGCCACCUGGUAUUGGAAUUCCUAAUCGUCAUUUAGGACUGGAUAGAAAUCAUUUUGCAAGACAAAACUUAGUGAUUCCUACCUCAGCACCCCAGUCUUCACAUGAGAGCAUUGAUGACUUUUUGGCCAAGGUGCAGAAGAAGUUCAAUGAAACUUUAACUAGAGAGCUAGAGCAAGGUAUCAACUUACACAUCGCCUCUACCAGAAAGCCUAUGAUAUUGAAUCAAAAUUGA